GCAUAGCAGACGUCUCUUCCGCCUGAGAUGCCUAACCCAAGCCAUCCGCCACGCUGACACACUGGCAAGUGGCAACCAAUCUCUCUCUCUCUCUCUCUCUCUCUGCGCGCUUUCCUUACUCUUUUCUGUUAGUUCGGAGCUCAUAUGGAGGGCAAACAGGCUGUUAAGAUGGACGGGUAUGAUUUUCCGGCGGAUGUGCAGUACCAGUCGGGCUUCGGGAACGACUUCUCGUCGGAGGCGAUUGCCGGUGCUCUUCCUCGGGGCCAGAACAAUCCUCUCGUCUGUCCUUACGGCCUCUAUGCCGAGCAGAUCUCUGGUACUUCCUUCACUUCCCCUCGCAAGCUCAACCUCCGAAGUUGGUUAUAUCGGAUCAAACCAUCAGUUACCCAUGAACCAUUUAAACCUCGUGUCCCAAGUCAUGGAAAACUUGUGACUGAAUUCAACCAGUCCAAUAGUACUGCUACCCCAACUCAAUUGCGGUGGAAACCAGUGGAGAUUCCUGAUUCACCAACUGAUUUUAUUGAUGGGUUAUACACAAUAUGUGGGGCUGGCAGCUCAUAUCUUCGGCAUGGAUACGCUAUUCACAUGUAUUCUGCCAACAAGUCAAUGGAAAACUGUGCUUUCUGCAACGCUGACGGUGACUUCUUGAUAGUCCCUCAAAAGGGAAGGCUAUGGAUCACUACUGAAUGUGGAAGAUUGCAGGUAUCUCCUGGGGAGAUUGCUGUUUUACCCCAGGGAUUCCGUUUCAUCAUUAACCUGCCAGAUGGUCCUUCUCGUGGUUAUGUUGCAGAGAUUUUUGGUACUCAUUUCCAACUUCCUGAUCUUGGUCCGAUAGGUGCUAAUGGUCUUGCUGCUUCAAGGGAUUUCCUCAUUCCCACAGCCUGGUUUGCAAAUAAUUCCUGUCCAGGUUACACUAUUGUACAAAAGUUCGGUGGCGAGCUUUUUACUGCAAGACAAGACUUUUCGCCCUUCAAUGUUGUUGCUUGGCAUGGUAAUUAUGCUCCAUACAAGUAUGAACUAAGUAAGUUCUGCCCAUAUAAUACGGUUCUAGUUGAUCAUGGUGAUCCUUCAAUAAAUACAGUGCUGACAGCCCCAACAGAGAAGCCUGGGGUGGCAUUGCUUGAUUUUGUCAUUUUCCCUCCUAGGUGGUUGGUUGCUGAGCAUACAUUUCGACCUCCAUAUUACCAUCGCAAUUGCAUGAGUGAAUUCAUGGGCCUGAUUUAUGGUGGAUAUGAGGCAAAAGCGGAGUUUCUUCCCGGUGGUGCAAGCCUUCAUAGCUGCAUGACUCCUCAUGGCCCUGAUACGAAGACAUAUGAGGCUACUAUUGCGCGUGGAAAUGAUGUAGGACCAUAUAAAAUAACUAACACAAUGGCUUUCAUGUUUGAAUCUUGUUUAAUCCCUCGAAUCUGUCCAUGGGCUCUCGAGUCUCCUUUCAUGGAUCAUGAUUAUUACCAGUGUUGGAUUGGGCUGAAGUCCCAUUUCAAAUGUGAAGAUGCAAAUGGUAAUAGCAGGGAGAUGUAAGACCGACAAAAAAAUGGUUGCUUCAUUUAGCUUUUUCCCUUCACAACUCUUGAGCCUGUGCUCCAUGGUGAAGCUGUCCAGCUUGUAGUUAAACAAUGACAGGAAUAAUUUCCCAAUAGUAACAUGAAUUCAUAAACCAUGUACAAUUCAACACAUACGGGGAAACAAGGGGACCAAGGCUCUGUUUAUGCAAUUAAGAACAUUGUAUUGUAGAUAAGUUUUCAUUAUUAAUAGAAUGCUCAACAGUCUUGGUUUGCCACUUGAUGUGUCGUAUUUAGUGUAAACAAUUGGAUCAUCACAAAUUGCUUUUGAUAACUCUUUAGAUA